CUUUUUGCCUUUGGAGAAGAGAAGUCAAAACUUUAUACUUCUAUCAGCCAAGGUGCUUUUCGACUGACACAAUUCAAAAACAAAAAAACAAAUUCAUCGAUACGUAUUCCAAAACGUAUACGAUAUCCAUUUUAUACAAAAUAUAGUUAAUUCAUUAUAAUCUGUGAAUAAAAAAUAGAUUUUUCUAUUAUUAGAAAAAAAACGUGUUUUAUGUGUUUGAUGUGAAAGUGAAAGUAAUUUAUUAAGCGACAGCGAAAAAAAUAGAUUAUUUAUUGCUGGCUUUUGAUUUUGUUGCCAUUGAGACUCGUUCAAUUAAAUAAAUACUUUACUGAAGAGAGAGAGAAACCAUCAACAUACUGGUUGUGAUCGACCUGGAAAAUACCAACCAAUACCAACAACAAAGACAUUCAAUUUCGUUUGGUUUGAUCAUUUGGCUGUAAUGCGCUUACCAACUAGACUGUAAACAUUUUUAUCCAAUAUUGGCACAGGUUAAAGACUCAAAGUUAUAACUAACUCAAAAUGAGUCCCGAAGAUGACUUACAAACGGAGCGAAUUCCAGCAAUCGAUGACAUACCCAUAAAUCGCGCUUGGAAGCCAAUUUUGCAAACAGAAAAUCUGACCUCUGUAAAAUUAAAUGGACGCAGCAACUCCCCAUCUUCCCAACUAAAUAUCAAAAACAAUGGUACAAAUUGCACAACCUCAGACAACCCGUCAUGGUCGUCACCACUGCUCAAAGACUCCUCCGCCCAAGACCACAACUCCGAAGAAAUUAGUCACAAGUCAAAUAACAAUGAAUGGUCACAAGUGACACCAAGCAUUAAGCGUGAUGGCAAGAAUGGUUGGAAAGAAAUUCCACAAGAUGAAGAAAUUGGUGGCCAGCAAAAAGUAAAUGGAAACGGUCUGAUGAAUGGUAAAAAUGGCGUUAACGGGACAAAUGGACACGAUAAAUUGGCCGAACUGGAUCCGUUGACGGGAGGCAGAAAACCAAAUGAUUUAGACGAAUUGUCCAAUUGUGGCGUUGGAUCUUGUCAGCCGAAAUGGGCUCGAAUAUUUUCAUCGACGCAUGUUUUUAUGGUCGUUUUUUUGAUGGCUUGGAUUUUACAGGGAAUGUACUACACUUACUUUGUCAGUGUGAUAACAACAAUUGAAAAGCUUUUCCAAAUAAAAUCGAAAACCACUGGAUUAUUGAUGAGUGCAACAGAAAUAGGGCAAAUAGUUACUGCAUUGUUUUUAACGUAUUACGCAGGACGGGGGCAUCGACCGAGGUGGAUAGCUUGUGGAAUGGUUCUAUUUGCGAUUUCAGCCUUCGGCUGUACACUACCUCACUUUAUUUUCGGUAAUCAACUACUUCAAGCAAACAACUUAUUUUACGGCCCCGUCACCGGCCAAGGUACUUCGUCAAUCAUGCAAGGUUUAAAUUCAACUACAAAUACGACGGAAACUCAUCUGUGCAAUUUAAAUUCAAACGGCACGAUAGGAGGAGCCGAAUGCCAGGAAGAUCUAUUAGCUGAACAAGCAGCUCACUCUCAGAUAACUUCAGCAGUACUGGUUAUUUUCUUUGUAAGUUUGUUAGGUGUUGGUGUCGGACAAACUGCUGUAUCCACUUUAGGUAUUCCAUACAUUGAUGACAAUGUAGCCAGUCGCGAGUCUCCAAUCUACAUAGCCAUAACCAUUGGCGUUCGUAUAUUGGGACCUGCGUUCGGUUUUAUAUUAGGAAGCUUUUGUACCAGAAUAUAUGUUGAUAUCAAAGAUCCUGGUUUCGGUACUUCUGAUCCGAAGUGGAUUGGUGCUUGGUAUUUGGGUCUGGUGAUGAUCUCGUCAUUGAUGAUUUUGACAGCGAUGGCAAUGUUCACAUUUCCAAAGAAUCUUAAAGGGAACAGAAUUCCGCCACCAAUAAAAAUGCGAGAAAUCGAAGCUCAAAAGAAGUUGGAAAAACAAGACGAAGACUCCAAGCCAAAAUUAAAAGACUUUCCGAAAACAAUCAAAAGACAAUUGAGCAACGACAUUCUCAUGUUUCGUACGGCUUCGUCGGUACUGCAUUUACUUCCAGUAGCUGGUCUAUACACAUUUCUCCCGAAAUAUUUGGAAUCACAAUUUCGGUUGCCAGCUCAUGAUGCUAAUCUAAUCUCUGGAAUCGGCGGUAUAUUGGUUAUGGGCAUUGGUAUCGUCAUUUCCGGUGUAGUUAUAUUGAAAUUCAGCCCUACUGCCAAAUCGGUUGCUGCAUGGAUUGCAUUUACAGCUGUGGUCUAUUCAGCUGGAAUGGCAAUUCUCAUGUUCGUUGGGUGUAGCAUGGACGAUUUCGCUGGAUUUAACAAUGGAUUAAGCGUUAGUUCUUCCACAAUUCCCAAAUUCGAGCCGAUGUGUAACUCUACAUGUCAAUGUGACUCAAGCAAAUUUUCGCCCGUGUGCGGAGCAAAUGGGGUUAUCUACUUCUCAUCGUGCCAUGCUGGUUGUUCAUUGUCAAGCAUUGACAAUGGAAAAACACUGUUUUCCAAUUGCGACUGCAUUGACAACCCCAAUGAUCACGGACCGGAUGCAGUUAGCGGUUAUUGUGACGGAAACUGUAAAAGCUUCCUUUUGUUCAUUUCGUUAUUUUCGUUCUUUGUGUUUAUGCAUUCGACUUCGGAAGUUGGUAGCAUGUUACUCAUCAUGCGGUGUACGGAUCCAAAAGAUAAAGCCAUGGCAAUGGGCAUUAUACAGUUUGCCAUAGGUCUGUUUGGCAACGUUCCUUGUCCUAUUAUUUACGGGGUGGUGAUCGAUUCAACGUGUUUGGUUUGGGAGACAAUUUGCGGCAAGGCUGGAGCUUGCUCAUUGUAUGACAUCGACGAUUUCAGACAUUUCUUUCUCGGUACAACGUCUGGUAUUAUGCUGUUAGCUUUUGUUAUGGAUUUAGUCGUAUGGCAUAAAGCGCAUCGUAUAGACUUCGAUCCAGAUUCUAAUGUUUCCGAAAACGAACUCGAAAAACCGAUCACAAUCAUUGUACCGCCCGAAUCAACAAUGUAACAUCUUACAGAAUUUAGACGAUUUUCAACAUUUGAGGAAACGUGAAUUACAAUUACACGAAACUAUACAAAAUUUCGUUCAAUUUUGCUGUGGUAAAUUUAAAUUACAUUUUAAGAACACAUUUUUUUGUAGCGUGGUAAUUUUUUUUUAUAAGUUUUGCAUUAUUCCUUUUUCAUGUUCUUUUUGUAAUUGAAAAUACUGAAGUGGAAAGUGUAUGUGAACGGGAAUGAUCAACAUGAAUGUUCUAUUUGAAAUUUGUUUUAAUGAAUGAAUGUGAAUAACUAUUUCUAUUCUUUGAAUAGUAGAUUAAUCAUAAUCAAUUUGAUUAUCAUUGUAACAAGAAAAGAAAUAAAGAAAUUAUUGAAGAAAAUAAUACGUAAAAAGCCCAUUAGUGAGUGGCGAUAGUAAAAUUAUAUUGAGGUAGUGACACACUCUUUGAAAAUAAAUAAAAAGUUGCACUCCAAUUCAGGUGGUAAGCUUGUCAAAACUGUUGCAUAGAAUAUGAUGCACUUGUGAUGGUUUCCUUCGACAAAAAAUGAUGUCCAACAAAUUUUCUUAAUUCAAAAUGUCAAACAAUCAGAAUUAAUUGAAACUCUUUCGAUAAUUCCAAGCUGUCGAGUUGUUCUUGAACAGUGCCCGACGAAUGGGUAGGCAAUAUCAGGUUUAAUGAAGCGUAAAGCUUCACUUCCUUAGUUUUUACAAACGUUUUGCAAAAUAAAUUACUAGUCUUUAUCGCUCAGUCGUCGAUGUCGAUGCCAGUUGUCAUAACCGUACAUAAAAGGUUAAGUUCCACGCAUUUAGUUUAAUGAGUAACUAACCACGGGCGUAUUACGUUGUCAGAGAAACAACCCCGAAAGAGAAAAUAUAUUUUUGAUUUUAAUUGAAAAUUUGUGUGAAAAAACAGAAAUUAAAUUAAAGAAAUUUAAAAUCAAAAAGUGAGUGAAAACUGAUAAAUUUGAAAUUAAAUCUAAUGAGGUGAGCGUUGCUAAUAUCAUUUAAUUUAAACAAAAUUUCUGUUAUUGGAACAGUGCAAUUCGAAUUUUACCUCCGUGGUGCUCAACAGAUGAGACUUAAAUUAAUUUUUUUCUUUUACCCUAAAUUGGGAAAUUUAAUGGUCGAUGUUGUCGGUAAAGUUGGUGUUUUGAUAUGAUUUAGAAUCGUGGCAAUUGAAAAAUUAUUUUAUUUUGAAAAUGAAAAUAUUUUUAGGGUCGUCAAAAGAUGCAAUAAAUGUUUGAUUUGCCAAAAGCGGCUUAAAUAUCUUUACCUGAUUGACGAGAAUUAAUUUAAAUUAAGUUUGGUAACAAUGAUCUUUAUGGGAAAAAAGGCCAUCAUUCAAAAUACUUUUUUUUUGAGUAAUCCUAUACCCAGGUCAAUAUAAAAACCAAUUAAAUCAAAACUUUGUAAUAAAUUAAAAAAUGUAAAAUAUUUUUUGGGAAUAUCCAAUUUUUUGAUAACUAUGUCAUGCCUAACGAUUUUAUGUUCAAUUUAAGAUUAAGUUCAAAACGUUGGAUAUUACCGGACAUAAUUUUCAGUUGAUGAUUUGCUGUUUGUUUUGUUUUUCUGCGGAUCAAAAAUGGGUGAUCAUUGUUGAUCAUUUUGUCGGAUUGGUAAAAAGUUAUUGUUAAAUAUUCCAUGGUUUAUCCUUUCGUUAAAUUUAAUUGGAAAAGUUCGUUUUUUAAACUUCUAAAAUUUUGUAUUUUUAAUCAAAAUUUUAUUUAGGAUACGAAAGUAAAAUGUACUAAUUUGACUAAAAAGAAAAAGGAAGAUUGGAGAUGCACUAGGAAAUAUUAGUUAAUUCACAAAUCGUUUUUGAACAAAACUUUAGAAAAAUGAUGAAAUGGUAUGUGAACUCCUUGAGUAUUACACUUUUAUGGUUUGAAGUGUAUCAAAAUUAACUUUGAACAGACGGAAUCAUCAUUGGAUGCUCUAAUGAUCAAAAAAAAAAAAAAAUAUGCAGAAGAAUACAGGCCAGGAAUUACGUUGAUGUUAACAACUAGCAUUCAAUCGGGCGAUUUUAAACCUUUUCGAAGCGACGAGUGUAUCGGGGUAAAAUCAUUCAAUAUGUCAUUGAAAGUGAUACUAGUGUUUGAUUAAAAAAAUCUUUUAUUUCAAUUGUUGAAACAUACAUUUUCCUUAACCUCUUUGUAUUUUUGUCAUCGUCGUCAAUAACAUAGAUGACUAGAUCCGUUUCUGGAAGAAUAAUGAAAUACAAUCCUCGCUUCUCGCUGCUAGACCAUUAACGUCCUCAACUUUUUCUUUUAUUUCUUGAAUGCCUGAAUGAGAAUACGUCAUGAUUGUCUUUUCCACAUUCUCCCUCCUUUAACCCUUUUCAUAGUACGUAAAACAGAAAUUAAAAAAAGCAGAAAGAUGCCAUUAAAUAAUUAUAUAAAGUCUGCUGAAUGAGAGCAAUGUUCACAGGUUAUAAAUGAAAGUAAUUUCCCGGUUAUCAUGCGCGUAAAUAUUAUUAUUAAACGAAGAAAAAAAAA